AUGUUUGAAUGUGCUCGCCAAUGGCUUCGGGAUGUGAUUCCUCCGGCCGUCUUGUAUUCCGUUCGAUCGUUUCCUUCUUUUCUUCUUCCUUGGAUUUGCCGACAAAAAUUGUGUUUUGAGGUCGCCUGUGAAGUUGGGUGGACGUCGGACGUGCCGUUUGUGAGAUGGUCGAGUGUGGUCGCUUGGUUCGUCGAUAUUGGCCGAGAGAGUGGUUGUCUUUUGGAGCAUUCUGGAGCAUAUGGGACACAAGGAGCAUGGAGGGACUUGGCACAUGGAAGCAGCUCAACUGGAUACGCAAAGGAAGAUGGGAGAAGCCAUCUUGAAGACCAGCUCGACCGUCCAACUCGACCGGCCAAGCUUCAACUCGAUCGAGCUGGGGAGUCAAAGUCAAACCCGAAAAAUGUUGCUUCCCCCUUGACUUCCCUUUGA